GCAACAUUCUAAGAUCUGAUCUAAAGGUUAACCAAAAUUAUAUUUUACUUUGGCAAGAUCUUGAUCUGGAAUCUUAACUAUCUCAGUUAAGUCUCUUUCUUAGUCUGGUAAUAAAUAUUAAACAAAACGUCUGGUAAUUAAUGUUAUUAUCUCUCUCAUAUCCUCCAUAUAAACUAAGGUUUGUGAUCAAAGUCUGAAACCAUCCCAGCCAUGAUCAAGAAGAGGUGGGAAAUGAAGAAGCUUCUAUGGAGUUUGUUUGGGAUCAUUCUAUUAAACAUCCCUGUGAAUGGGAUGAUGAUGGAGUUUGAUGAAAUGGAGUGGUUCACUGAGUUCAAUGGGACAAAGAUGUUUCAGACUAAAAGUGAUGUUUACUCUGAAGCUAAGUUUCCUAUGGUUGGUCUCACUUUGAUUCAAUCUGCUGCUGCUAAAGGAGCUGUGUGUCUGGAUGGAAGUCUUCCCGGAUAUCACUUGCAUCGCGGUUCUGGUUCAGGAGCGAACAACUGGCUCGUUCAGUUAGAGGGAGGUGGAUGGUGUGAUACAGUUAGAAAUUGUGUAUACCGUAAAACCAGUAGGCGUGGAUCGUCUUCGUACAUGGAGAAACAGAUACCAUUUACCGGUAUUUUAAGCGACCAAGCCGCGGAAAAUCCAGACUUUUAUAACUGGAAUAGAGUUAAAGUUCGGUACUGUGACGGUGGAUCAUUUAGUGGAGACAGCGAAAAUAAGGCUGCAAAACUUCAGUUUAGAGGAAAGAGAAUUUGGUUAGCUGCUAUGGAAGAGUUAAUGGGAAAAGGAAUGCAUCAAGCUAAGCAGGCUCUGCUCUCUGGAUGUUCUGCUGGAGGCCUUGCCGCGAUCUUCCGAUGUGAUGAUUUCGGGAAAUUGUUUCCUCCUUCCACCAGAGUGAAAUGUCUGAGUGAUGCUGGUUUCUUCCUCGACGCCAUCGAUGUGUCGGGCGGUCGAGCGCUGAGGCGUUUAUAUGCUGGAGUGGUAAAAUUACAGAAUCUGCAAACCAUGCUUCCUCGGGACUGUUUAGACCGUCUUAAUCCAACUUCGUGUUUUUUCCCACAAAACUUAAUCAACCAAGUUAAGACUCCAUUGUUUAUUCUAAAUGCUGCAUAUGAUUCAUGGCAGAUCCAAGAGAGCUUAGCUCCUAAAUCUGUAGAUCCAAGUGGAAGUUGGAAUGACUGUAGACUUAACUACGCUAAGUGUAGUCCAUCUCAGAUCCAGUUCUUGCAAGCUUUCAGGACGCGUAUGGUGAAUUUGGUAAAAGGUUUCGCGACGCCGAGAAAGAACGGUGUGUUCCUUAACUCGUGCUUUGCUCAUUGCCAAACAGAGAGGCAUGACACAUGGUAUGCUAAAAACUCUCCAAUCGUUAAGAACAAGGGUAUUGCAGUAGCUGUGGGAGAUUGGUAUUUUGAAAGAGGUGGAGCAAAGCUCAUAGACUGUCCUUAUCCUUGUGACAAGACUUGUCACAAUUUGGUCUUUAGAUGAUAAAAAUUUAGUUUUCCUUAAAAAGAGCAAUCAUUUAUUCAGGCAAACAAAAUGAAAUAAAGCAAAACCCAUUUGAUCACUUCUCUUAACUUUGUGCCUAAAAAAUCCAUUUCUUUUACUAAUAUGAACUAUCCAUAAUUUCUCCUCUGUUUGAAUCCAAAUGUGAAAUCAGAUUGUAAAUGGGAUUAUUAGUGGUAUGGUUAUGAAGAAUGAGCUUA